UUAGCUGUUCGUUUGAAGUGCUGCAUCUAACCUAAAAAUCUGUUUUUCUUUCAUGUUAUUGAAAAGGCUUAUAUCACGUGCUGUAAAUCAAAUUAAUACUAAUAAUAAACAGUGCUUAUUUAUUUUAAGAAGUAAAUCUUUCAAAAGUAGUAAAUUAAGAAUGGAAGAUGAACCGUGUUCUAAAAAGCCAUUUAGCAAACCUGUUGAGACAAUUGGGACUCAUAAUGGUGUUUUUCACUGUGAUGAAGUUUUAGGAUGUUACAUGUUAAAACUGAUAUUUCCAACAGCUAAAAUUAUUCGAUCUAGAGACGAUGAGGUAUUGAAAAACUGUGAUAUAGUUAUUGAUGUUGGAGGUGUAUACGACCCAUCAAUACAUCGUUAUGAUCACCAUCAGCGAGACUUCAACCAUAGUAUGAGUACAGUAAUGAAAGGUAAACCGUGGACAACCUUGUUAAGUAGUGCUGGUUUAGUCUACUGUCACUUUGGUAUGGAUAUCAUUCGAACUCUUCUAGGAGAAACGGAAAAAGAUCUUGAGCAAGUUUUUAACAAGGUAUAUGAAGGGCUUAUCCAAGAAGUUGAUGGAGUAGACAAUGGAAUACCGAUGUUUGAUGGCGAACCUCGAUAUCAUAUAACUACAGGUCUGAGUUCAAGAGUUAAGAAUCUGAAUAGUAAUUGGAAUCAGAAAGACUUUGACGAGGAAUUAGCAUUUACUCAGGCAAUGGAAUUAGCGGGUAGUGAGUUCAAGGAUAGAGUGUUAUAUUUUGGUACUGUGUGGUGGCCAGUUCGUGAACUUGUUCUUUCGGCCAUAGAAAAAAGAUAUAGUAUCGAUCAAGGUGGUGAGAUUAUGGAGCUCUCUCAAUCUGUACCCUGGAAGGAACACUACUUUAGCCUUGAAAAGGAACUAAAGAUUGAACCAACUCUAAAAUAUGUAAUAUUUCCCAGUGAUGAUGUGUGGAGGGUUCAAGCUGUUUCGCUAACGGAGAAAAGCUUUGUUUUAAGAACCCCUCUUCAUGAGAAGUGGCGUGGUCUGCGUGACCAGAAAUUGAGUGAAGUCUCAGGCAUAGAUGGCUGUAUCUUUGCCCAUGGUAAUGGAUUUAUUGGCGGAAAUAAAACAAGAGAAGGCGCUAUCGAGAUGGCUCGUAAAAGUAUUGAAUACUGUAAAAAGGAACAAUUAUGACAACAUAGGUGUGAUUUCGUGAGUGAAUAUACAACUGCAAAAGGUGAUUUCAAGUGAUAAGGAUACAAUAAUUCAUGGAAUGUUCUGGUAUGCAUUUACUAUCUCUCUCUUGAAGCUGCUUUUAGAAAAAAAAUAAAUGUGAGAAUUUCUAAUCUAAUA